GACUUUUUGGUCCAACAUUUUUCAAUCUUCCUCAUCCUCAUCAUCCUCAUCUUCAUCCUUUUUCCAGAUUAUUUUAUCUCUUUCUUUUCUCAAUCAAAGCUUCUUUUUUCGCUUCUUCUUCUUCUUCGCGACUCUCUUUCACUUUCUUUCCGUUCAAGACGCCACUGAAAAUAAAACGUUGUUCAAACAACUUUGACCUAUUCAGCAAAUUAAAAUCAUUUAAUAACAUGAACACACACCGAAAUACAAUAAACAACUCUUUACACCUUAAAUCAUCCUUUUAAUACCAUUGUUAACCAAAGCCCAACAUCACACACAUUGAACUUUAUUAAGACUUGGAUAUUUUUUACACUCGUAACCAUUGGACAACAACCUUUAACCAAAUUGUAACAAUUAACAUCUCUAUUGUGAAGUGAAAAGUGAAUGUUGAUGUGCGUUUCAAUUAAUCGUUAAAAAUCGAGUUCCAUCUAUAACCAUCUUCCAAUGAGAAUUAAUCGACACGCAAAAAGUGGACUUUAAAAGAUUCAACUUAAGUCAAAGUUCAACAAUUUUUGGAUACCAAGUUUAUGUGCAAAGGAUUAUCGAGUUUUUGGGCCAAUUUUGCUUCUCCAACAACUGUGAUUCAAAGCCUAUUAAAGUCAUCAAGAAACCUCGUAACAGUUGUUGACUGUUGGGUCAAAGUGUUUUGACCAAAGUUUUAUCAAAUUAAAAUUUACCUUCAAAUGAAAAUUGGAUUAAGUUGAAAACUAGAAAAAAUAGUUUUUUUCCAUUUUCUCUCGUCGUUCGUGUUCAAAUUUUAAACCUCUUGUGUUGUCUCUUCAAGUGUAUGCGUUUACCAACGCAUGCCAACACAUUUAAUCAACUGACAAUAGUUCGAGAAUGCCUCAUAAGGAAUCCUCGGAGUUCAUGUUUCAUGGUUUAAUGACAGCUAUGCAUAAAGGUCACUCAGGAGUCAAUCAAUUGGGUGGUGUUUAUGUAAACGGCCGACCUUUACCCGACACGACCCGUCAAAAGAUAGUUGAAUUAGCGCAUCAAGGAGCCCGCCCAUGUGACAUAUCUCGAGUUCUUCAAGUAUCAAAUGGCUGUGUUUCCAAAAUAUUGGGUCGAUAUUAUGAGACGGGUUCAAUUCGACCGAAAGCCAUUGGCGGUUCCAAGCCUCGAGUGGCAACACCAGAUGUAGUUGGUAAAAUAGCCCGGUUCAAGAGUGAUUGUCCAUCAAUAUUUGCCUGGGAGAUUCGAGAUAGAUUAUUGAACGAAGGAAUUUGCACCAAUGAUAAUGUUCCAAGUGUUUCAUCGAUAAAUCGUGUUUUGCGCAAUUUGGCUGCUCAAAAGGAGCAACAAGCUCAUAGCCAGGCUACAAAUGAAGUUUACGAUAAGUUACGAAUGCUUAAUGGUCAAGGCUGGCAUGCAAGGGCUGCUCCUCCUUGGUAUCCUGGUGCUGCAGCAGCAGCAGCCGCCUUUGGUAACAUUGGACCACCUUGUGUACCCUCAGUGCCAACAGCACCUUCAUCAAUACCACCUGAAAAUGGUUCAUCUCAAGCAUCUCAAGAUAAAAAAGACUCUUCUUUUCUUUCUCCAGAUAAUUCCCUGUACGAUCUGGAUGGACACUCUAUUGACCCUGAAAGUGGUACAGAUGAUUCAUCUCAUCCAGAAGGAAGUGAAGAUACGGAAGCAAGAUUACGCCUUAAACGUAAACUCCAAAGAAAUCGAACUUCUUUUACACCAGAACAGAUUGAAGCACUGGAAAAAGAAUUUGAAAAAACACAUUAUCCUGAUAUAUUUUCCAGAGAACGACUUGCCAGUAGAAUAGAUUUACCGGAAGCUCGAAUACAGGCCUACGAUCAUAUUAUGCAGGUUUGGUUCUCAAAUAGGCGAGCAAAAUACCGUCGUGAGCAGAAACUGCGAGACCAACGAAAAUCAAGCGAUCAAACUACGGUACUGACCAAUCCAUCACCAACAACAACCUCAUCACCCGUUUCUGCAGCAGCAGCGGCAGCGGCAGCAGCAACAGUUCCACCACGAAUACCAAUCAACCCUGGUUUUCCAAAUGGCUUUUACCCAUCAAUACCUCACCCAUCAAUAUCUCAUCCAUCAAUACCUCACUCAAUGGUAUCCGAUACUUACAGCUCGAUAACAUCAAUGCCCAGUUACUCAAUGGCAUCCAAUAUGGCACAAAACUCUUGCCUUCAACAGCAAGCCACGGUUUCCAACUAUUCUUGCAUGUUGCCUCCACCGCCUGGAAGUGUCCGCUCUUAUGAUCCUCUUGGUAGUCUUGGAAGUUACUCACGACCCUCAACUUGUGGUGCGAGCGAUGUGCAAUACUCUGACCUUUACUGAAUUACCAAUUGCGAAGCGAAACUCUUUUUUUCCCCAAGUCCAAACCUAUUUACAUAUGGAAAGACACGAGAAGAUUAAAUGUUGUCAUUUUUAACUCGCUUUUUCUCUUUCAUUUUUUUCUCCUUUUUUUCGUCAUUUUUUUUGUCAAAACUCAUCCAAAUCUGAUCUUGUAAACAAUUUGAAAAUUGAAAUAUAAAAAAAAAU